ACCCUGCCAAUAAGGGAGUACAUUACUUAAACUUCUCGUCUCUGGGGAAGUUGUUGCUUCUUUUUAUAUUUUUCCUCUCUUUAAUCCAAUUUUUUGAACUUUUUUUCAAGCUUAAUUUUGAAAGUUUUUGAAAAAAUAAGUGUCACCCAAACUAGUUGAAAAAAUAAACUCCUAGAAAAAACGCUAAUAAAGACAAUGUUUUUAUACCCUAAUAGGCUAAAAUUGGGUCUUGGAUCAGCAAUAAGAAAAACGCCACUGAACACAGCGUUUUUAUCAUUCAUAAAAACGUUGUCUUCAACAGCGUUGUCCACAUACUCCAUCUUUCUUCACUCACCUUCUCUUUCUCUCUCCUUCUUUCCUGGUUUUAACAUAUUCAUAGAUUGCCAUUUUUGUCCCCUUUCACCUAAACUCUCACAUUAAUCGCUUAUUAAUCCUCAUCCAAUCAACCAUAAUCCACUGAUUUUCCGGUGAUUUGAAGCCGAUUGCCUGAGUUCGUUUGGAAGAAGACGAAUCUUUCUCCACCAGAUUCUCUUAAUUGCCAUUUUGUUGGUCCUAAUUUUUGGCUAUGUCUAAUUCUGUUAAUAUUACUUCGAACAUCAAUUCAAUUCCUAUGUUGAAUGACUCAAAUUUUAAAGAAUGGAAAGAAAAUGUUUCGAUUGUUCUAGGGGUUAUGGAUCUCGACCUUGCGUUAAGGGUCGACUCUCCCGCAACAGUUACUGAUUUGAGUAACUCUGAUCAAAAGAGGGAGUUUGAAAGGUGGGAAAGAUCAAAUCGCAUGUGUAUGACGAUUAUCAAAAGGAUCAUUCCUGAAGCAUUCAGGGGUACAAUGUCUGAUGACAUAACUACAGUUAAAGCUUUCCUUACGAAUAUUGAAAAGAGGUUUGUCAAAAAUGAAAAGACUGAAAUUGGUACAAUUUUGACGAACUUAAUUUCAAUCAGAUAUAAAGGUAAUGGUAAUAUCAGGGAGUACAUAGUGGAAAUGUCUCAUCUAGCUUCAAAACUAAAGACACUGAACCUAGAAAUUUCUGAGGAUCUAAUAGUGUACUUGGUUUUAUUAUCUCUUCCUAUAAGUUCUAAUCGGUUUAAGGUGAGUUAUAAUUGUCAGAAAGAGACCUAGUCUUUGAAUGAGCUCAUCUCACACUGUGUACACGAAGAGGAAAUGUUAAAGCUAGAAAAGACUGAAAGUGCUCAUCUUGCCUUUACCUCGAAAUCUAAAAGGAAAAGACCACAAAAGAAAGAAGCUGCAGAUAAGGAUUCUCAAAAGAAACAACAAAAGGACAAAUCAACCAAUGUUGAAAAUAAGGGUUGUUUCUUUUGGGGAAAUCCUAAUCACAGGAAGAAGCAAUGCAACAAUUAUCACGCUUGGCGUGCUAAGAAAGGGUUGCCUGAGUUGCCGAAAACCAACUGAUGGUGAAAGAUACAUCUAUGUGGGAGACGACAAGACGGAUGAAGUACACGCAAUUGGAAAGUUUAGAUUAUUGUUAAAAAUAGGAUUUUAUUUGGUUUGGAAAUUUAAUCUUUUGUGGUACCGUCUUUUGGUUGAAGUACAAGCAAUUGGAAACUUUUUUGUUGAAGUACAAGCAAUUGGAAAGAUACAUCUUUUGUUGUACCGUCUUUUGGACGAAAUUUAAUUUCAGUUUCUGCUUUGGAAAAAUUUGGUUUUUCUUGUUCAUUUGGAAAUGGAAUUUUUAGUUUGUUUCAUGAUUCAAAGUUGGUUGGUUAUGGUUCUUUAUUGUUAAAUGAUGAUCUAUAUACAAUUAAUUAUCAGAGAAAAUUAAGAGUGAUAACAUUAAGGGUCGUCACUUAAGGGACUACGUGUUAAUUUAGAAGAUCUAAUUGCUUAGAUUAUCUCUUGCGCCAUGGAAUCAGGUAUUCCUUAGUUUUGUCCUUUUAUUUUGUUAAUCUAAUUCAACAUAAUUGAUCCUGUUCAUUAGCAAUGAUUUUCACCAUAUUUUGUCCCUACAUGUUUUUGAUAUUGACUAUUAUCACAUAAAUUUACUAGCUUUCUGAGUUGAUCAAAAUAAUUCAACCCAAGUAUUGAGCAAUGACUGAUCAGUAAUCUUUCGGGUUAAAAAAGAUUGAACCUUGAAAUUUUCUUCUUCCCACAAUCGAAUCUGAUCAGCAACGGCAUCUUGUACCCAACAAGUUAGUAGAGAAAUGGUGUAUAUUUAACAUAAGAUGAGAUGAAAUGGAAAAAAAAUGGUGCAUAAGAUGAGAUGGAAAAAAUUGGUGCAUGUGAAGGGAUGAAAGGAUGGUGGGGAGAAUAGAGGAAAAAUCAAUUUUUUAUUUAAUUUUUGGUUUGGAGAAUGUGCAAGUUAGUGGAGGUAUAGGACUUGGAAACUUAAUGGAGUAAUUCACUAAAAACAUUUUCGGUAACAGCAUUUUUUUGUCAAGAAUGAAAGCACUGUUUUAAUCGGCGUUUUUCGUCUGCUGUCCCUAAACCUAAUCUUAGCCCGUUAGGAUAUAAAAACCCUUCUUCCUAUGAGCUUAUUUUUCCGCAUAGUUUGAGGUGACACUUAUUUCUUCAAAAAAUUUUAAAGUUAACUUCAAAAAAACAGUUCCAAUUUUCUCGCCAUUUACCUCUCGAAAACCCUAUUCCUUCAUGUUUCUCCGCUCAAAUAUUUGAUCGAUGGAUAUUUGAAGAGCAGUUGAUCUCUUUCUCUAUCUUUAGUCUUCACAAUUCAUAGGGUCUGGAUUUCUGUCUUCCUGGCGUAACUAAUGGGAGGACACAAGCAUCCUAGGAAGCAGAAGAACCAUCGUUCUCAUGGAGGUCCGUCUAGCUCUUGUUAUGACCCCUCUAUGGAAGGCAGGUCUCUUCCGUCAGAAUAUGACAUAAAUGAAGAGACUCGACCUAGUCUUGGAAUUCAGCUUGCUAUGUGGGACUUUGGACAAUGUGAUGCAAAAAGGUGUACAGGAAGGAAACUAGCCAGAUUUAACUUGUUAAAAGAAUUGCGAGUCACUGCUGGGUUUGGGGGCAUUGUCUUGAGCCCUGUUGGGACCCACUGUGUCUCGAGAGAAGACUAUCCUCUAAUCAAGCAGCGAGGGCUGGCUGUUGUGGACUGUUCUUGGGCACGGUUGACUGAUGUUCCUUUUGUGAAACUCCGUUGCACUGCUCCUCGGUUGUUACCAUGGCUGGUGGCAGCAAAUCCUGUAAACUAUGGCAGACCGUGCGAAUUAUCAUGUGUAGAAGCCCUAGCUGCCGCUUUGUUGAUAUGUGGUGAAGAGGAAGCAGCGCAUAUGUUGCUUGGCAAGUUCAAGUGGGGGCAUGCAUUUUUAUCACUUAAUAAGGAGCUCCUUAAAGCUUAUUCUGAAUGCAAAGAUAGUUCUGAGAUAAUUUCAGUUCAGAAUGCAUGGAUAUCUAAGCAACAAAGUUUACGGGCUUCUAAUGUCGUACAAGAUGAAGAAGAAAAGGAUGGAUCAUUAAGCAAUGAAGAGGGUGAAUCUUGCGAGUCAGAUGAUGGGCUUCCACCUUUGGAAAGGAAUUUAAAUCAUUUAAACUUAGAGAGUGAAGAGGAAAGUGAAUCAGAAGAGAACGGAGAUUAAUGAAGCUUCAAUCACAACGCUAUGAAGCUUGUCCUCAAAUUAGCAAUGGUAGCCUACAUGAACAGUUCACCAACUUUUUUCCGUUGUUGGGUAUACUCAUAUUCUUUUUCUGACUUCCGAUCUUUGGCUGAUUUGGUACACUUGAUUUUACACUUGGUAGUUUUAUGAUUGAGUAGGAUAGAUUUCAAAGGUAAUGAGGAUCAAAUAUGUUACAAAAUUAUAAAGCAUUGUGCCAUUGAACUUGUGUCUUAAUGUGUAAGAUGCUUGGAAUCUACUCUGUAUACUUAAGUUAAGCAGUAAUUUUUGAUAAGAGGAAUUGAAAA